AUGGGCAUUGAAGAGCAUCUGGGGGACAGGAUGGUGCCUCUGGCGAACCCGUUGAUUGUGCAGUUCACGCACUGCCCUAUCCAGCCGAACCCGCACACAUCACACAUCCGUCUGCCGAAUGUCCUGUACAACAUCAGUCUCAAGUCUCCAGAGGCCCCGCUGUCAGGGCGACACCAGAAGCGAAAUGACGUCCGCGACGAUGGUGCCCAAGGAAUGGAAAACACGCGCUUCUUCAACCCGGCUAUCAUUCCCCUCCCAUAUUGGUCCGGACUCGCAAAAUACGUGCUCGUCUCCCGCCUCGUGACGACUGGGUACCACCAGGAAUCUCACAUCUGUUUGGCCGACGUCUGUCAUCCUCCUCACACUGCACGCUCAUCAUCGCCCUCAACUUCUUUCCAGUUGGAGCGCGGAAACAAUGCAACUCAUCCUCAUGAUGAUCCCGACCUUGAUCCUAGCCCAUACCUUGAAAAGCGGCAGCCUCGAUCUCGCCAAGCUCUGCCUCCAGACACCACCAGCCCCUGCUCUCCGUCCGACCUCUCCGACACCCGACUGGGGAGCCGCGGCGGACUUCGCUGCGUCUCGAACCCUGUGAAGAUCAACAUCCCCUCAACCCCGGCAGAGAACUGCACCGGCUCAUGGCUCGCGUUCCCCGACAUCCCAGGCUUCCACGACCCGAGGGUCUUUUGGAGCGGCAAAGGGGAGCCCCUGAUCCUGGUAAACAGCGCGAGUCGCUACGGCUGCGUCGGCCUCUGGGUCAUCGAUCUGAGGCAGGUCUACCCGGAACUCGAACGGGUCUUGAAUCGUGAGCACCGCCACAAGGCGAUGGGCAUUGGGAUGGAAGCUGGAGGACCGAAGCUGGAAACGAGGGACGACGCGGAGACCGGGAUGGAGAUGGAAAUGGAGAUGAGAGAUGACCAAGCCCGCACAGGCACGCUCGGAGGGCUAGGCCUGAAGCCCCUGAUGAGUUAUCCGCAUCUCACCGAGAUCACAAGGAAUCCGAGAGAAAGUCGGGCGCGCGUCGAGAAGAACUGGAUGCUCUGGUUUCCUACUGCCGACGAGGCCUAUGUCCAGUAUGACCUGCUCAGCCAGGAUGCAGGCGAGGCCGAGGACGAAAACGGAUUCGAGCAAGAGGAGGUCGAGAUGCUCGCUCGACUCGGACUGAAUGCCACCACCACUGCCGCUGCUGCCGACGCCCUCCUCCGUCCUAGCAAUAAUGCAACAAACCUCACAUCUUCUUCCUCUUCAGCCCACCAUGCGAAACUCCGCAGAUGGAGAAAUGAGGAGGCAGAACACACCAGGAAGGGAGGGCGAGGGCGCACGUUCGCCAAACUCACAGGAAACGGCUUCACCACACCGAACCUCACUUCGGCCCUCGAACAGCCCUGCUUCUCCCACAGCGAAGGACACUUCACAGACUCGGUCGGUAACAUGGGCCAUUGGCAUCAAGGCUCCAACUCGCUACGACUGAUUCUCUGCACGAGAGCGCAAGCGAGAAGUGAUUCUGUCUGCAAGGAUGACGACGACGGCGACAUCCCCGCCGCCGCCAACAAUGGCACCGCCGUGACGGCUGGCCGCUCCGUCCACUUUGCAAUCAUGCACCGGAAGUUCAGCAACGAGUUGGAUUUGCCGUUGCGGUAUGAGCGGUACGCAGUCGUGUGGGAGGGGAGGGAGCCUUUCCAGAUACUAGGGGUGAGUCGAUUUCCGUUGUUGAUGAACAACGAGAAGGCGGGUCCUUGGACGGAGGAGCAAAAUUGGCCUUCUUCAAAAAAGAGAGGGUGGAACUCUACUGCAAAGGGGGAAUAUUUACAAGAAACGAAGGAGCGACGAAGAAUCGUCAGAACAAGGGACGACGGAGAAGAUUGGUACGAAAACGACGAGGCUGAACAAACAACACAUGACAACUUCGUCAAAAGCGAUGCUUACUUUACCUACACACCGAGUCUGGCGUGGGCAUGGAGGCCCCAUUCUGUGGCGGCAAACCAGGAAGAGGAGGACGAUGAUGUCGAAUACAUGUCGCAGUUGGGGACGGGGUAUCUGGGCGACGACGUGCUGGUGGGGAUCGGACUAGAGGAUGUGGACCAGGCUUUUGCAAGGGUCAAGGUCGACGAUCUCUUACAAUGUUUGAGGUUGUGUCCUGGUGUCAAAUUCGCUGAUGAGCCAAGUUAG